AUGGACGAUGAGAGAUCAAAUUCGGGGAAAGUGAAGAAGAAGACAAACACCGCCCAUCGGAAAUCGCUCUCCUGCGAAUACUGUAACAGGUCCUUUGCCCGUCUCGAGCACCUUCAGCGCCACCUCCGCACCCAUACCAAGGAAAAGCCCUUUUCCUGCGAUAUAUGCUCCAAGUCUUUUGCAAGGAGCGACCUGCUUGUGCGACAUGAGCGCCUAGUUCAUCCAGCCGAGGCCGCAGCCAAUCGAGAGAAUCGAAACCAUACCAAUCACGAUGUAUCUCAAACGCCGUCUUCAAUAGUGCAGCCCUCCCACCAUGAAUCUCGAAUGCUAGAGCUAGCCGAUGCCAUUCCACUUCAGACCCAAGCAGUCCCUCCUCCCCCUCCUCCUCCCGAAGUCCAGGUCCAGCCUCCCUCUAUCGUUGAAACGACCCAUUUCAACCCGUCAUGGGGAUACGAUCUAAAUCUUCUAUCCCAUGCCGCAAGCCAUGUCGCUCUUGAAGGGCAACAAGAGAGCCUUGACAGUCUUCGGAAACCUUCCCAUAACAUCGCGCCGCCGCCGCCGCCACCGCCGCAGCAGCAGCAGCCACUCUCCCAUGUUCCGGAAAGAGGAAUUACCGAUAAUUACGGCGUUGAGCCUUCAAUUCUAGAUCUCACUGAUCUUGGCGAUCCGGUGCAGGACUUCACGGUCUUCUUAGAAAGUGUCGGCCUCUCUUCAGACUGGGACUCUGGCAUUUUCUCAAGUGUAGAAGAACCCUUGCUACCCACCACACUUCCAAUGGAGACAAAACCUACGAUCCGUGAAACUUCUAGGCUAGGGCCUGAUAUAAUGAGUGAUAUGAGAUCUACCAAUGAUGACCCACCAUCGUUCUCUAAUUUUGGUUCUCGGCUGCCCUCGCUUCAGCCAGAAGCUCAUGAAGUUGACGAUCGCCUAGGGUUUGGUGACGAAGGCCCACGGCCCGCCUGGGAUAUAUCGAACGCGGAUCGUCAGGUGUUUGUCUCUAAACUGGAAGAAUUUGCCUAUGUCCUCCCGAAGGGAUUUGUGCCACCAUCCAGGCAUGCUCUAUCUCGCUUUUUUGCUGGUUACAUCAAUGGCCUGAACGAGCAUCUCCCUUUCAUCCACGUCCCAACGCUGUCCAUUGCAAAGUGCUCGCCCGAGCUUACACUUGCUUUGGCAGCUGCUGGGUCUCACUACCGUUUUGAAAAUAACAGGGGAAUUGAUCUCUUCCACGCUGCAAAGGCGAUCCUUCUAGAACGCUUGCAAAGAAGAGACAGUAAGCAGGUGCAUUACCCCUCUUGGAAUUUCUUCUCCCCCGCGUCAAACUUCCAUAAUUCCCGUGGGUCAUCCGCCACAUCCAACAGUCCAUACCAAACCCACCAACACCAGCCUUAUGUCCUAUACCCAAUUGACCCUUCAGGCUACCCCCCUGAGGAUUCGUAUGCCCACAUGGAGGUCAUUAAGACCUUCCUACUGCUCACGGUAUUCGCUUCUUGGGAGCGACAUCCUGAGCUCUUGCGGGAAAUUCUGUCCCUUCAAAGCACGUUAGCCAGGCUCGUCCGAGAACAUGGGCUCACCGAAUCAACCAUCGGGGUGGACCCAAACAAUUGGGAAGAAUGGGUCCGUCGAGAAUGCAAUAGACGCACGAAACUUAUCGUUUACUGCUUCUUUAACCUCCACUCUAUUAUGUACAACAUCCCUCCCUUGAUAUUGAAUGCAGAGCUCAAGUUGAACAUGCCGUGCUCGCACGAACUCUGGAAAGCGAACAACGCCGCACAGUGGCGUCGCCUCCUUCGCACCCGACAUGGAUCAGAGGUCGCUUUCCAAGAUGCUUUCACAAGAUUGUUCUACAAGGCGAACAUCACGAGCACUGCGCCUAUUUCACCUCUCGGCAAUUAUAUCUUGAUACAUGCCCUUAUCCAACAGAUAUUCUUCGCCCGUCAACUUUGUCUUUCUGCUCCAACUCUCCCUGGGACGAGCCUAAGGCCAGACGACUUGAACGCCCUAGACAGUUCUUUAGCAUCUUGGAAAGCACUGUGGAAACGCACCCCUGAGUCAAGCAUCGACCCGCAGAAUCCAGCUGGGCCCAUUGCUUUUACGUCUACCGCGCUAUUAGGGCUUGCAUACAUUAGGUUACAUGUUGACCUUGGGCCGUGUCGCCGCCUCGUGACUCAGGACCCAGUUCAAAUUGCCAGAGCUCUCAAUGAAUCGCCGCCAAUUGCACGAAGCCCACGUCUCAUCAUGGCGCUUUUGCACUCUGCGCACGCACUCUCGAUCCCAGUACGCCUGGGUAUAGACUUUGUGGCAAGAACUCAUUCCUUUUUCUGGAGUAUUCAGCAUUCUCUUUGCAGCUUGGAAUGUGCUUUCCUCUUAAGCCGAUGGCUGCUUUCCAUACCAGCAACGCAGGCAGAGCAAAGACUCUCUGAGCAUGAGAGAAAACUGCUUUUAUGGAUCAAGAGCAUGAUGGACGAAACCGACAUGGCUGUUGAUCCAGCCGGGGCACCUGAUGUUGAUUUCAUCGCGAAUCCUUAUAAGGCUAGGCAACUUAGCGUUGCUAUCGUCCGCGUAUGGGCAAGGACCUUCAAGGGAAACACAAGUUGGGCGAUCGUUGACCUGGUCGGGCUAAGUUUAGAUGCAUACGCUGAUCUCCUGGAAUCUCAGAUCUAG